GACACACUCAAAGUCAUGUGAUUGAAUUUUUGUAGGCAGAUAGCGUGCACACGGUUGCUGGUAAACAUCUUGCUGGGUUUGAAACAAAGUUUCUAGUAAUUGUAUAUUAUAUCCUCGCACGUCCAACAUGGCUUGGACAAAGUAUCAACUAUUUCUUGCGGGUUUAAUGCUCACAACCGGCUCUAUCAACACGCUAUCAGCAAAAUGGGCUGACAUGUUCUCCGCAAAGGGUUGUAAAGACUCCCCUGAACACGGAUUCGCCCACCCAUUUGUACAGGCCGUAGGGAUGUUCCUGGGGGAGCUCAGUUGCCUGGCUGUCUUCCACAUGCUGCUUUGUCACGACAGACGGAGACCAGAGCCCAAGAUGAACACGGGCCAGAGCUUCAACCCCCUCCUUUUCCUUUCCCCUGCCCUCUGUGACAUGACCGCUACCUCCAUCAUGUAUGUUGCCCUGAACAUGACGAGCGCCUCCAGCUUCCAGAUGUUGCGCGGGGCAGUGAUCAUCUUCACAGGCCUGCUGUCGGUGGCCUUCUUAGGGCGCCGCCUGGUAGCCAGUCAGUGGACAGGCAUCCUCAUCACCAUCCUGGGCCUGAUAGUGGUGGGCCUGGCUGACUUCAUGAGCGGACACAAGGACGACUCUCACAAACUUAGCGAGGUCAUCACUGGUGACCUUCUGAUCAUCAUGGCCCAGGUCAUUGCUGCUGUCCAGAUGGUUCUGGAGGAGAAGUUUGUCUACAAGCACGAUGUUCAUCCUCUACGGGCAGUGGGCACUGAAGGGUUCUUUGGCUUCUUCAUCCUCUCGCUCCUCCUCAUCCCCUUUUUCUACAUCCCGGUGGGCAGCUUCAGCAACAACCCCCGCCAUGUCCUUGAGGACGCGCUGGAUGCCUUCUGCCAGAUCAGCCACAACCCCAUGAUCAUCCUGGCGUUGCUCGGUAAUACAGUGUCCAUCGCCUUCUUCAACUUUGCCGGCAUCUCUGUCACCAAGGAGAUCAGUGCCACCACGCGCAUGGUGCUGGACAGCCUGCGCACUGUGGUCAUCUGGGUGGUCAGUCUGGCUCUGGGCUGGGAGCAGUUCCAUGGGUUACAGGUGUUGGGUUUCAUUGUGCUGUUGGUGGGUGCGGCACUGUAUAAUGGGCUUCAUCGCCCCCUGCUAGCAAGGAUUCUGUGCUGCGCCAGCGUUGAGGAGGAGGAAGUCAACCCAGUGGAGAGGACGAGCUUGCUGGACGAGGGAAGGGUGCAGGAAGAGGGCUAACUGACCUGAAGUGAUGACCUCGCAACAUGCUGAAAGUGUGUGUGUAUGACAUGUAGAUAACAUAACCCUGUCGUACUCCACACCAUGCGUGUAUGACAUAAAGACAACACAUUUCUCAGAUAACUGUACAUGACAAUAUCUUAAAACUGUUGUUAACUCCUGGUUGUAAAUUCUAGGUGACAUAUGUUGAUAGGAUCUUGGACUAGCCCCCCUCAAGGCUUGUUGCAGCAUCGGUUAAAUGUGUCAGUGGUGGGAGGCAUUUUAUAAAUCCACAAAAGUUAACCAUAACAUUGUUUGAUAGAGUGCGCUACUGUGAUCAUUGAUACAGUGGCUUGCAAAAGUAUUCAUCCCGUUGGCAUUUUUCAAAUUUUGUUGCCUUACAAAAAAAAUAGAUUUUUGGGGGGUUUGUAUCAUUUGAAUUACACAACAUGCCUACCCCUUUGAAGAUGUAAAAUAUUUUCUCUGAAACAAACAGGAUAUUA